ACCAGGCCGUAAAAGCUAAGACAUCCUCACGUUCUGGUCCAUAUGCCACUGAGAUAAGGAAGACAACUGAUGAUUCCAUAUCUAAAGUCCUAGACUGGUUUAACCGAAGCUCUCAUUCAGAUGACACUGUGGCAUCUCUCCAAUAUCCCCAAGAAGUAGAGCCCAAAGAAAAAACAGACUCCAAGCCACAGAUUGCUGUUGCCUUGGUAACAGAUGACACCAGUCAAGAAGGAAAUGGUUUGAAGGCUCUACUACCCACCAAAGUUGAAUUGACACCUGUGGGACCUGAUUCAACAUUCCAGGUAGAGGAACAUAUGCUGCCCUCUGGAUAUUGCCAAGAUAACAAUGUGCACAUCAAACCCAGAUCUAUUAAUUUGUCCCCACAAGGGAAGGAAAGUCCAGGCAUGUUGCAACCAUUUGAAAUCUACAGUCCAAAUCAAGAGAGUAAAACUAAAGACUAUAGCCAUGGUUCAAAAAACACAGGGAAAGCAGUUGGGGUACUUCUUCCAGCCAAUAGCUGUUCCUACAGUGUUCACAAAGGAUCUCAUGCAGAAGACCAAGUUCUAUGCAAUAUUAAGGAUGCUGGCAGCUUAGGUGAAGAAGAACCCAAGCUUCAUGUUGAUGAAAAAAAUACAAGAAAGUCAGAAGUAAAUUUUGACUCUUCCACCUUUAUCCAAGAGCCGAGUUUCAAAGCCCACGUAAAGGCAGAAAGCGAGAGCAAAGGAAGAGAUACUUCCAUCCUAAAAUCUUCUUUAGAACCACAGAAUAUUGAGUCACCUCCUGGGGCUGCCAACAGUAAAUCUCCUUGGAAGAAGCCUGAGGUCCAGUUACCAGAAGCUGAUGAGGUUCCCCAGAACCGAGUACAAAGAGAGAAAUACAAAAGAGUGAGUGAUAGAAUAUCCUUUUGGGAAAGUACAAAAGCUGCCAUUCAUAAAGAACCCACAUCUCCAUUUAGUCAGGAACGACCUUCUGCUAAAGCAUGUCAGCCUGUGAUGUCCAUGGACAGUUUACCUAUGGACCGUGGUAAAUGUAAUACUCAAGUCACUGCCAAACAAGUAAUACUAGAUAACGAUGGCCAAGCAGCCCAUGUCUCCAGUUUUUAUUCCUCAGUGAAAGCUAAAGAGACCAGGCCCCAAAUAUCAGGUCCAUCCAAAAAUGAUCGUUCAGCUGACCAGUCAGGCACAGUGUCUCUCUUUCAGAAUAGGACAACUGAGCCUCUAAAAAGAUUACCAGUGACAGACAGUCUGCAUUCUGAAAAGGACAUUACUUUCCCACCAUUGCAACAUGCUUCAAAUGUCAGGAGUGAAAUGCAUACCUCUUUGGAGAAAGACAGAUCUCUGAAUCCCAACUUUAAAGUUAUGUCCUUACAAGAAAGAAUGAAUGAACCCAAUACAGAACAAGUCUAUAAUCACUCUCAAUUUGAGAAUUUGAGAAGGUUUUGGGACUUAGGCACCAAUGCAAACCAUCAAGAUAAUACUGAGAAGAAUACCACCACAACAAGCCAAAAAAAGUCUGUGCUUUUUAAUAGUCAGAAACACAAAGAAUUCAGUGACGUGACAUCAUCAGGAAACAGUACCCAUGAGAGAGAGAUGAUUCUAAGCCAGAAAGAAAUUCCGGCAAGAGAGGAAAUAGAGAAAUUAAAUUCAAAGGGCACACUCCAGGUGUUGCCAGAUGACACCACAUUUCCAUGGAGACCACCCAGAAAGUCCACUCAUCAGUUGCCAAGAUAUGAGUCAUCAAAGGAAAACUUGGGGAAAAAUACUGAAUGCUUUGUUACCCCGGUGUUCAAAAAAGAGAACAAUAACUCUGACCAAGAGCUUGAAGAGAUUCAAGAAUCCAUAGUGAAAACAGGUGUUUCAUCUAAAGACUACAAAGACACGCUUAAUGACAGCUUACAGAAGCUGCUUUCUGAAGCCUCAUCACCAGUCCUCCAGCCUUCUGGUGGAAAAGUUCAUGAAAAACUAGUGUUUGAACCAGAUGUUUCUGAAAAUAGGACAUGGCCUCAGGAGACAGAUUUUGCUGAUCCUGAGGAAGAAGCCAAAAGGCCUAAAGAGAUCAGUAAUGAGCAUAUAGACAAAACAGUAGCUCCUCCAAAGCCCUAUUUGAACACUUUGACUGCUAGUCUGGACAAAUUCCUGAAGGAAGCAACUGGAAGCCCACCCUCUCCCCCACAAACCAAAUGUGGACCCACCACCGCUGGGAUCAACUCAGAGUCUGAAGAGAGUAGCGAUGAUGAAAACAGGAUAGAGCAGAGUCAGAACACGUCAGCUGAUGAGAGAGAAAAAAUGGCUUCCUUUGCAGAGGGGACAGAAAUUUGGGGAAACAGCACUCUCUCCCAGGAAGCUCAAAGUGGUUCAGAAGAAGAACCCAGUCCUGUUUUGAAAAUUUUGGAAAGGAGUGCUGCUAGGAAAAUGCCUUCCAAAAGUCUGGAAGAUAUUUCAUCAGAUUCAUCAAAUCAAGCCAAAGUAGAUAAUCUGCCAGAAGAAUUAGUACGUAGUGCUGAAGAUGAUCAAAAAGCAGAUCAGGAACCAGACACAAAUGAAUGCAUUCCAGGAAUUCCCACAGUGUCUUCACAGCCUGAUAAUCAGUUUUCCCACCCUGACAAACUCAGAAGGAUGAGCAAGUCUGUUCCAGCAUUUCUCCAAGAUGAGAGUGAUGACAAAGAGACAGAUACAGCAUCAGAAGGCAGUUACCAGCUCAGCAGACACAAGAAGAGCCCAAGCUCUUUAACCAAUCUUAGCAGCUCCUCUGGCAUGACGUCCUUGUCUUCUGUCAGCGGCAGUGUGAUGAGUGUUUAUAGUGGAGACUUUGGCAAUCUGGACGUGAAAGGAAAUAUCCAGUUUGCCAUCGACUACGUGGACUCACUAAAGGAGUUGCAUGUCUUUGUGGCCCAGUGUAAAGACUUAGCAGCAGCGGAUAUUAAGAAACAGCGUUCGGACCCAUAUGUAAAGACUUACCUGUUACCAGACAAAGGCAAAAUGGGCAAGAAGAAAACACUUGUAGUGAAGAAAACUUUGAAUCCUGUGUAUAACGAGAUACUGCGGUAUAAAAUCGACAAGCAAGUCUUAAAGACACAGAAGCUGAACCUGUCUGUCUGGCAUCGAGAUACAUUUAAGCGCAAUAGUUUUCUAGGGGAAGUGGAACUUGAUUUGGAAACUUGGGACUGGGACAACAAACAGAAUAAACAAUUGAAGUGGUACCCUCUAAAGCGGAAGACAGCACCAGUUCCCCUUGAAGCAGAAAACAGAGGUGAGAUGAAGUUGGCUCUCCAAUAUGUCCCAGAGCCAAUGCCUGGUAAAAAACUUCCUACAACUGGAGAAGUGCACAUAUGGGUGAAGGAAUGCCUCGAUCUACCACUGCUAAGGGGCAGCCAUCUAAAUUCUUUUGUUAAAUGUACCAUCCUUCCAGAUACGAGUAGGAAGAGUCGCCAGAAGACGAGAGCUGUGGGGAAAACCACCAACCCUGUCUUCAACCACACCAUGGUCUAUGAUGGGUUCAGGCCUGAGGAUCUGACAGAAGCCUGUGUAGAGCUGACUGUCUGGGACCAUUACAAAUUAACCAACCAGUUUUUGGGAGGUCUUCGGAUUGGCUUUGGAACAGGUAAAAGCUAUGGUACUGAAGUGGAUUGGAUGGACUCUACUUCAGAGGAAGUGGCUCUCUGGGAAAAGAUGGUGAAGUCUCCCAACACUUGGAUCGAAGCAAUCCUGCCUCUCCGAAUGCUGUUGAUUGCCAAGAUUUCCAAGUGAAGCCAAAGUCCACGGGCUCCUCCACUGAAAACCACAAGACAGGUGGAGUCUGAUCUUGUAGGCAGAGAUCCUCACCUUCCAUCUGUUGCCUGGAACAAAUGCUACAUAGCAUGUUAAAGUCAACCUGCACAUACUUCUUUGGUUACAAAGACUAAAAAACUUAAAUAACAACAAAAUGUGUAACUUAAUUUGUGACUGCAACGUUAAAAGAAGAUGUUUGAGAAAGCUAAGAAAAUCAAAGAUUUGCUGCUGCAUCAAAGAAAAAGCUGCCCAAAAAAUAUUAAAUGUUGUUAAUAAGCAAAAGUUUCCAGUUUGCCAUCAUGUGUUUCAAACCAGAAAAGGGUUAGGAAGGCCUCCCACUUGAUCAUUGAAAACCCUUGCAGGAAUUGAAAAAAUGUUGGUUGUAGAAGAGUGACUCAAAGAUAUUCCUACAAGCAGGGGGAAAAAAAAAUAGAAUAUCAUGAAGAUAAAGAAUUUGUUCAUAAGAAAACUAUUCACUCUGUAGUCUCUACUGAAAUAUGGAAUUCCUUGUUAGGGCAAUGAGACUGACUUUACUGCAUGUAUUUUUGCUUUGAGAAGUGUUCCCUUUUCCCAAUGUUAAAGUCUUAUGUGCUUUGGUGCCACCCACUGGCCAUAGGUGAAAUUAAGUUUUUGGCUUAAUUUUCUCCUAAGUUUCAAGCCUGUAUUUUAUCAUAGGGUACCCAUAUAUAAAACGAAGAACAAAAACUUUGCAUAUAUAAGAUUCUGUUUUUCUUACAACUCUACUAUAUGAAGCAGCAUGAGAGUGGUCACAAACAUGAUUUGCGACAAAGUUUUAAUUAGAAUGUAAAUUGUUAAAUUAUACUGUCCUUCCUAUGUAUGUAUAAUUUUCAUAAAGUAUUUUGUAAAAACCCUUAGAAUAAAUUAUUAUAUGAUUUAAUGGUA